CACAUGUUCAGCUAGAGCAGAAACAGCAGGGAGGAUUUAGUGUCUGAACAGUUCAGAAAAGCUCCAUAUACACCUGCUUUGACGAAACUAUUUGGCUUUAUUACGCCUGAGGACAUUUUUCAGAAUGUCUUCGUUCAGGAAAGCGUUGAAAUCCCGACAGAGAAACCACCAUGAAAGAUCUCAGCCUGGUUUUAGGAAAAAUUUGGGAUUGUUGGAGAAGAAGAAAGACUACAAACUUCGUGCAGAUGACUACCACAAGAAACAAAACACUCUUGCAGCUCUGCGAAAGAAAGCUCUGGACAAGAACCCAGAUGAGUUUUACUAUAAAAUGAUCAACUCUCAGCUGCAGGAUGGAGUUCACGUAGCGAAAAAGGCCAAUGAGGAGGUGGAGGUGACAGAGGAGCAGAAGAAAAUGAUGAGGACGCAGGAUAUCAAAUAUGUGGAGAUGAAAAGAGUUGCAGAGGCUAAGAAAAUUGAGAGGCUGAAAGGGGAGCUCCAUCUUCUGGAUGCAGACAGCAAACAAAAAAACAAGCAUACAUUUUUUGUAGAUUCCAAGAAAGAAGUGCAGUCAUUUGACCUGGCAAAACAGCUCAACACAGCUCCUGAGCUGGUGGACCGAGUGUACAACAGACCGACUCUGGAAACUCUGGAGACUAAGACCAUCCAGGGAGCUGUAGAGCCUCACAGUAUGAAGAAGUUGGCCAGGCAGAGGAAGCACCAGUAUAAGAUCCUUUCCCAGAGGAUUGACAGAGAAAAGAAAAUGUUUGUAAUCUCCCAGAAGAUUCAGACCCGCAUGGACCUACAGGAUAAGAACAAGAAGGUGAAGGUAAAAAAGGAGACGCCCAAUGCUGCUGCUGUCUACAAGUUUGAGGCCAAGAGAAAGCGCUGAGAGGGAGAGAAAUCAUACUGAGAAGCAGUCACCAACUCGCUAAUGAGAUCCUGGUGAAACAAUGAACCUCUAGAUCACAACAUAGACAGUUUUGUACAUAUUUAUCGAACACUUUUAGUUUCUUUCUAAUAAAUAUCAGAA